AUGCCUGUACCGCAGGCAGAAAUCGUUGAUGGGGUCAAGACCUUCAUCCCACUCGAGAACAAUCCUGAAAUCCUCAAACUCCUCUGUGAGAAUCUGCACAUCUCACCAGGUCUCAACUUCCAUGACAUCAUCUCAACCGCCCCAGAAUUCCUCCAAGAGUGCCAUUUCCAACCCUGUCACGCCCUUAUUGUCCUCGCGCAGAACCCUAUAUAUGAAGCCGCGCGCUCUCAAGUCGAGCUAACUAUACCAGAGUAUAAAGGCUCCGGCCCCACUGAGCCAGUCGUAUGGAUGAAGCAGACCAUCGGCCACGCUUGCGGGCUGAUGGCUCUCCUCCACAUUGUCUUCAGCCUGCAUGGCGGUCGAUAUGUACUUCCCAACACCGAACUAUCCGCACUCCGGCAACAGGCUAUUCCUCUUGCACCCGAGGAGAGAGCGCAGUUACUGUAUGACUCCGGUUUCCUGGAAGAGGCGCAUAUGGAUGCGGCAUCGCGUGGGUCUUCAAGGGCCCCCUCACCUCGGGAUGAUAAUCAUCACCAUUUCUUGGCCUUUGUGCAGAAGGAUCGGGAAGUCUGGGAGUUGAACGGAGGGAUGAAUGGGCCUUUAUUCCGGGGGGUACUCGGUCAAGGGGAGGAUCUCUUGAGUGAGCGAGGGCUGGAGCUUACUGCCAAAGAUUUCUUGGUUGCGGCUGAACAGACUGGAUGCAGUGAGAUGAGUAUCGUCGCAGUCACUGGCGAUGACCAUUUCGCACAGACUUGA